UCCCCAAUUUUUACUGUUUUCAUUCAGGAUUUAAUUUCUGUUUUUUUCCUAACUCAACGGUUAACUUUGCUUUAUCUUUCGUAUUGUUAUUACCGUCUGUGGGCAAAAAGAAACUAGUUAUUUUUUCGCAAAUAGUCUGUUUAAGUUAAAUGAACACUUGUGAGUAGUAGACUGUUUCACGUUCUUUGUACCAAUUCCAUCCGCGUAUCUGUAAUAUAAGUAUACCAGUCUACAUACAAGGUGUGUGCUUCCGCAUACGGGUAUUUGGACAUUCUAUAAUUUGACCUACGGUUUAUUGUCCAUGACGUGGAGUGCAUUUAGCAAUAUUACUUGUGUUUUUUUUUCACUAUUUAUUUACUCGCAAAAAAUACUAGUGGCUUAAAAGUUAACUCGCAAUCGGUAUUUUUCACUCGCAUUUUGCGAGUGUGCGAGUGUUAAUUUCGAGCCCUGGAUGUGUCUGUAUUAAAGGACUUGAUUAGUUUUAUUUAUUGUGAAAAUUAAAUAUUUAUUUUAUGAUAUGGGAUAUAAUUGAAAUGGACUUUAAUCAUUUACAUCAAUUUCAGAUCAAAUAGCCUGGCCAGUGUGAGUGAUAAGUUUAUUAAGCCUUGAACUCAUUUAUUUUUCUGUAGACAAAGAGUUUAGCUAAACAUUAAAAAGUUACAAAAUUUACCUUAUCACUGUAGAAUAUUAAUUACAUGAGCCAAUCUUAUAUCUGCUAAAACAAACAAAGCAUACAGGUCAACAGUAUGGGUCAGUGUUGUAGUAAACAGGAAAAAUACAGACAAAAAGGCAAUCCAGAAAAAGAACAUAGGGCAGAGAAUGGCAAAGCCAAAGCAGCACCCCAAAAAGGGGAUGAAAAUAAAAGAGCAGAGCCGCCUGAAAACAUGACAAACAAAGCUGAUAAAGACACAAACAGUCGUCUGGUAGAGCAAGUGGAUAAAAAAAAUCCAGCUGUAGUAAAAAAAGAUGUGUCAGCAAAGCCAGACAAUGGUCUUGGCAUCAAACACCCUACGUCCACGCCUCCUUCCAACAGGCCUUUAACGGGGACAAAGAAACACAGUCGAAAAAAGAAGAAGUCAGCAGCUAAGUCCGGCAACUCAAGUAGCAGUGGAUGGACAGACAGCAGUGAAAGCAGCGAGAGCAGUGACUCCAGUUAUGGUAAAGAAAACAAAGGGGUGAAACAGAAAGGAAAUACUAUCGUGUAUUCGAAAUCUAAAAGCAAGACUACAGUGAAGGGGAACAGCUAUAAGGUUGAUAACAGGAAAGGGGUUUUAAACAUCACCGAAAUCGGACAUCAGACAGUGGUGGUAAAACUCUUCUCUGGUACUGGCUACAGUCUAGAAGAGGCUUGUGAUUUUGAAAAACGUCAGCUAAAUGAAAUUCCUGCUGGAUGCUUGGUGAACUUGCGAGGGAAACAGCUUGUACAGGAAUAUGUAUUCAACACUCAAGUCCGUUCCGAUGCCUCAGCUUGGGUGGGCAUUAUAAUGCUUGGUGAUGUAGCAGGCACUUGUUUUCGUGUCGGAGACAAGAAAAUAAUGACAGCACUGCACGUGAUAAAGCUCAUGUUGGAAAAAUCUUACAUCCCAUUGCAUUCUGGCAAUCAAAAUCUUCCGGUGUCAGCUAUUUUUGUAAAAAGUGGACAGCAAGAAACGCAAGGCCAGGUCGAUGAGCCAUCUCAAGUUGCUGCCCUUUCCAAACUGAAAGAUGCCUAUGUUGACUUCAGUUUUGUCAAAGAUGAUCAAUACAGAUACAAGGAGCAUUCGGUGUUUAAUCUCAAGCCACUGCAUUCACUAAAAGACGUGCCUUUCUUCGACAACGGCACCGACUGCAUCGUUCUGGAGAUUUUGCCAAACACUAAAGGAACGCCCAUGCCUCUUCCUUUCAGCUUGUUCAGUCCCCCAAAACUUGAAGAGGGCUUUCACAUCAUUGGACAUCCCGGGGGUUCUAAAAAGACAUUCGAUCAUGUUGACAGAUUUAUUGAUCCCGGAAAGGAGAAAACAAAGAAGGAUAUUCAUACAAUUAAAAGUGAGAGCAAGAAAUUCCUUGCCAAACAUGGUAAAGACGAACAUGAUUAUCAGUUUGAUGUUGCACACACUAUAUACAGUAAAGACCGGUUUUUGUUUCACUGCACAUCAUCCCAGGGUGCCUCUGGCGCUCCAGGCGUUGUGGUGGAUGAGGAUGGCCGUGUGUUUGUUGUGACAAUGUUGUUGCACGGCUAUCCUGACUGGUACUAUGAUCCCAAAUCUAAUGGGUUUAAGACCGAAUGGCCUAAACAAUAUUGUGUUGAACAGGGAGCCAGCAUGAAAGCAAUAUUUAUACAAAUGCAAAAGGAGAAGCCAGAUUUGUGUAAAGAAAUAUUUGAUCAGCGCGGAAACUAGUAACUCACAGUUUACGUCAAGGCGUCUUUUUUAUUGUUGUAUAAAAUGCUAUAUGUAGGAAGAACUCUUACACGGAUCAACAUGCAAGGCAUCUGGGGGUUUAAGGGCUAUUGCCUGAGACUCACGUCCAAUCAUACUUUAUUAUGGCUUAUGUACUGUUUAUCUCAUACAAGUAACAUAACAUGAUAACGGAGACAACAACACUUAAAAUUAUUUUUCCGUAAAGCUUUACACAAAGAUUAUGUUUUAUAUCAGUUUCUUCUGUACCACAGAUUUGACUCCGUGCUCAAUCUAAAUAACAUGUAGAUAUUAAAUGUAAGGUUGUUAAAAUGUUGUUUUAUCAUUUAAACACUUUAUUCAUCUAUGUAUUUAGUUCUAUGCAUUGAACCUUAGCAAAUGUAUUUGUAGUAUUUAUAA